AUGAAGGUCACGGUGAUGACCGGCGACGAGCAGAUCCUCACCCUCGACGUCGACCCCGACGAAUCCGUGGAAAAUCUCAAGGCGCUUCUCGAGGUGGAGACUCGAGUACCGUUGCAGCAGCAGCUGCUUCACUUCAAUGGGAAGGAAAUACAGAACGCAGAGAAGCUCAGCGCCAUUGGGGUCCGGGAUGGCGACCUUGUCAUGAUGCUUCCCACCAGUGAAAGGUCAUCUCAGGAUAAUUUAAGGAUAAAUCCUGCUGAUGGGACUGCUGUGAACCCUCAAGCUUUUCAACAACAUAUUCGAGGUGAUUCACAUCUUAUGGCACAGCUCCUUCAGAAUGAUCCUCAACUAGCACAAGCUAUUCUUGGAGAUGACACCAAUGAGCUACAGAAUAUCCUGCGGUCUCGCCACCAACAGAAAACGGAACUGAAACGUAAACAAGAAGAAGAGCUUGCUUUAUUGUAUGCUGAUCCUUUUGAUGUCGAAGCUCAGAAGAAAAUUGAAGCUGCAAUCCGGCAGAAAGGCAUAGAUGAAAAUUGGGAGGCUGCAUUAGAGCACAAUCCUGAAUCAUUUGCCCGAGUGGUAAUGCUAUAUGUGGAUAUGGAGGUCAAUGGUGUACCUUUGAAGGCUUUUGUUGACAGCGGGGCGCAAUCGACUAUCAUAUCAAAAAGUUGCGCUGAACGUUGUGGGUUGCUGAGGCUUCUUGAUCAGCGGUUCCGAGGGGUUGCUGUUGGAGUUGGUCAAUCAGAGAUACUGGGAAGAAUACAUGUAGCCCCAAUAAAGAUUGGGCAUCAAUUCUAUCAUUGUUCUUUCACCGUAUUGGAUGCCCCGAAUAUGGAAUUCCUAUUCGGGCUUGAUAUGCUGCGAAAACAUCAGUGCAUGAUUGACCUAAAGGACAAUGUUCUCAGAGUGGGAGGUGGUGAGGUUUCAGUGCCCUUCUUACAAGAGAAAGACAUCCCUGCACACAUACAUGAUGAAGAGAAAUUGUCUAAGUUAGCAUCUCUCGGCCAAGCAACUGGAGAAUCAUCAAGGGCGCGUCAGGGUACUCCCAAUGCGCCGCAACAAACCCCUCCUUCAGGAGCUCCAGUUGCAAACCCUCCACAGGGAGGAGAUUUUGAAGCGAAAGUCACGAAGCUUGUGGAGCUUGGUUUUGACAGGGCAUCUGUAAUACAAGCGCUCAAGCUGUUCAACGGGAAUGAGGAGCAAGCUGCUGCAUUCUUGUUUGGUGGUUAG